AGCUCAAACGAUUAUCAGUUUUUGAAACAGGUACUCUCUCCUUCUCUCUCUCUCUCUCUCUCUCAACAACGUUGCGAAGCAUUUUCUUACCAUCUCUCCAGUUUUAAUCCAUGAGUGAAUAUAUUUUCCUGUUGGGAUCUGUUAUAUCAAAAAUAACCGGAAAAAUAUGUCUAGAAGCAGAAGUCAAUCAGCUUCCUCAAAAGACCAAAAUGAUGUCAAGAUAAUGAAUCACCAUAGAGUUUUAAGUUAUGAAGAUUUGCUUAUAGCAAAUUAUUUUGAAAUGUUGAACAUCAAAAGACGUUCUCAUAGGACUGACAGAUGUGGUUCUUCCAAGUACCGAGAAACAGAAUCUUUGAAAUAUGACUUUAGCCCUUAUAAACAGCGUUUGUCACAAAGACCACAAACACAGGGCAGAACUCUCCAGCCAUUUUCUGAUCAAGGUAGCAACACAGUAUACAAGAAUCUAAUUAAUACAUUGACAGAUAAUUCAAAGUGCCUUCGACGGAGACCUUCCAGUGCACCAGUGAAAAGUAACAGAAGUUUGUCUGAAGUCCAUUUUGCUGAUCCACUCCAUCACCCUUACAGGACGACCAAAGGGGUCAGAAUUGAAAAACCGCCCAAAACUUCACAGAGCUGUAUCAGAAGACAACCCCCUAUAAUAGUGGUGAAGGCUUACAGAAAUGGGGACUGCAAUGUUUUUACUAGAGUUGCUGCACCAGACCUGCCAAUGUUACUGGAAUUGUGUACAAAAAAGCUGCAAUUGCCCUUUGCUGCUCGAAUAAUUUAUCUUGAAGAUGGAACCAAAGUAUACAGCCCCGAAGAUAUUCCAAAAGAAGCUGCUAUUUAUGUUUCAAUGGGUGAAGCAUUUCAAAAUCCUCAAAAUAAAAAUAAAAAAAGUUUGUUUGACCAAAAAAACCUUGUAUGGACUUCAUUUGGUAUUAAUUUACCAGCAAGAAAGAAAAAGAAAAGGAGAAAUGCUCUUUCUAACAGAAUGAGAGCUUUAACAGUGAAAAAGAAUAUUCGAAUUGUUGUAUUCCAAAAUGGGUUUGGGAGUGAAGCAGUUGAAAUAGUUGCAGAUGCCAACAAAAUGGAUGAGUUCAUGAAUGAUUGCACAGACAAGCUGAAGCUACGAGGUUUUGCCCGUCAAUUAUACAGUUGGGAAGGUGAAUCCGUGACAGACUUGAACAACAUACCUGCAUUGUCUGACUGUCUACAACAGAGUAAAAGCCUGGCACUUGGUCCUCUUUGGGUGUCAACAGGAGAACCUUUUGAACCUUCUGGAGCAAUGGAGUUUUUACUGGACAUGAAAAAAGUUUUAAAAAGGAAGUUAAAACGUGUUAAAUCUCACAGAGAUGAGUUGGUUGCUGACAAAUCUCUUGAUAAAAAGCAUCAGUUCUCUUCUAAACUUCCAUCAAGAGGAUCUGUUGAACAGCCUGAAGAAAUAUCUAAGUUUGAUUCUGAUAUUUCUGACUUGGAAGAUGCUAUAGCAACCAUCAAAUCAAAACUUGAAUAUCUCAAGGAACUGAAGCAAGAGAAAAUGAACUCUGAGAAUAUGGUACAAGUUGAAAACAGUCCCCAUUUGACUGGAAGGAAGGGUCUUCGCUUAAAAACCUACGAGAAUGGAUCUAUGACCCCAUGUAAAAUAUUUUACUUCAACUUGGGAGAAGCCUUCAAAGGUACCAAUGGGGACCAGAAAAAACUUUUGCAAAGGCUCUAUGAUGAUUUGUCAAUCAGUCAGCGACUAAGUAAUACUCAAAAACCAAAGAUAGCACCAAACGUUCAAAAAGUUUUCUUAAGUUCUGGUGAAGAACUUAAAGAUGUCCUCUCUUUGAAAUAUGACCAAGAAAUUUGGUUGUCGUUUGGAGAAGCAUACAUUGAUCCUUAUACUUACUGCAUGGAGGCAAUAUUUGAUAAAGCAUGCGUUCAAGGACGUGCUGAAAACUCAAGAAUUAUCCGAAGUUUCAAGGAUGAUGACUGGAGCGACAAAGCGUCUCAAUGGCUGGCUGUCGACAAUUUCCCAGUGAAUGACUCAUCAGAAUUCCUUCUUCCAGUCGAAGAUUUAGAGAGAAAUGAACUUGAGAAAGAAUGGCAUUUUCUGCAACAUAAGAACAAAAAUGACCAAAUCCUUUAUCCUGAGGUUGUUAUAAACUACAAGUUGCCAAGAUCUGACAAAGAGCUAUGGCCUUCUGAUUCACAAAUAUGGAGGGUUUGUAAGAAUGGCACCAUUUACUGCAAAGCCAUGCCACAGCUUUGUUUAGCCGUUUACACAGAUUUUUGGAUAAAAGACCAAAAUAUGCCUGACCAAGAAUACCAGAUUUCUGGUUGUGUUGUUGGAUUACAGAAGAAAGACAGCUAUAAUCCCAACCAGAUUUGGAUAUUUAACCCAAAUGGAACAAUAUCAGCAAAGAUCUAUCCCGACCUAUUUUUGACUUGGCUUGGUAAUCAACUGCAUGGUUCUAACGAAGAAGGCACUAAUGAAGAGAUUAAUGACAACACCGACAGCAUGGAGUCAGGCAACAUAAAACCUGGACAUAACAUCUACCUGAUUAUCAGUGAGCCGUUACCAAGGAAACUAGGUGCAUUACAGAGGUGGGCAGUAAAGCAGGAAAGAUUUGAUAAUCUUGGACAAUGGAAACAUACUCAGGUUAUGAAUCCUGAAUGGAAUAAACUUGCCUAUUCUUGGCCAGUCUGCUGGGACACUGGAACUCUCAAUGAGAAAUAUGACUGGCCAAUGGAAGGUUAUCUUAUACCGAAUGCACCUCCACUAUCAAAGAACAGCAAAAACAACAACAAAUUGUCAGGAAUGGCGCCAAUCCGAUUAAUGGUUCUGAAAAAUGGUGAAAGGAACUUAUCAAAGGCUGUACCAGUUGUUGGACCAAACGUUAUCAAUAUGAUGAAAGCUUUGUCAGACAAAAAAGGGGCCAAUACAAAUAGCCAGUCAAGGAAGACAAAUUCGGAUGGCAGCCCUCAGAUAGAAAACAGGAACCUCCACUGUGGCUCUUUGACUGUACGAGAACUAGAAUUUACAAUGUUCCUCGAUUCCUGUACGACCUCAUUGAGUCUACCUUCAGCUGCCAGACGUCUCUUCAGUGUCACCGGUAAAGAACUCUUUAGUUUGCAAGAACUCAAGAGGGACCAAGUUGUAUAUAUAAGCUGUCAUGAAAUGUGGUUGAACCCCAAAGUUACCAAAUCAGAGCAAAAGAGACGAGUUUUAUUGACCAACUUAUCUUCAGACUUGACAAAGAUUCGCAAAUAUUGCAGCCUCAGGGAUCCAAUCAAUUAUGUGUUAACAGUAAAUGGAAGUCUGGCAACAAAUUCCACCAUAAUUGUUGCUCCGUUGGUCGUUCUCUCCAGUGAAAUUUCAGAAGAAAAUGUCUUACGAGUGUCCCAAACUGUGGAUGAUGCUGGAAUGUCUGGAGAAGUUGAUAAAGAAUAUGACCAAACUGAUGUCAAAACACAUAAAUCCUGCCAUGAUAUUUCUCACAUGUAUUCCGAUAUUUACAUGAAUAAACUGAAAUGGCCGUGGGAAUGUCUUGUCAAUGUAGAAAACUGUACAAACGACGAAGAAGAACAAAAUGUUGAAGAAGACCCUGCGUCAGAGAAGCACAAUCUGAAAAACAAAGUUAAUGUUCCACAUUUCACAAGUCCAGAAGACUUACAGAAAUUCACUUAUGAAGAUGGUUAUAUAGCUUGUGCAGAAAGCCCAAACCUUGUCUUAACUGCUGUGCAAAAUGACAGUCGCUUAGCUGAUGUUAUUCUUAUGAAACGUUCACCUGAUGACAUUAACCAACGCUGGAUAAUACAAUCUGAUGGGGAAAUCCGUUCGCGGUGUGGUCACAAUUUGGUUUUGACCGUCUCAAUGCCACUUUCUAGUACAGAGAGCCAAAUAUCCUACAUAGGCUGUUCUGUCAUUUUGAAAGCCAAGAAAGAACACAAGUAUGGAGAGGCUCACCAAAGAUGGUACUAUGAUGCUGACACUGGUUAUAUUAAAGCUUUUGAAGCAGAAAUAUUGAACAAAGAAAUCACAGCAGCAAGCUCUAGCAAUAUUUGUACUUUUGCUAUUACAGCGAAGACGAAAAUUGAUCAACCAGGUUACUCAGUCGAAUUACCUCAGAAACCAGAUUCUUUAAGUGGUCAAACUGUUUUGUAUAAAAAACUCUGCCUUUCAUGUGCCUAUACUCUUAGAGGACGAUAUUGUAUGCAGAAAUUAAAGCCAGGGACUGAGUUUUCAUGUGCCAUGGGAGAUCAAGAUAAAGAUUUGGAGAGCAGAAAGCUUUAUGGAAGUUUCCAGGUACUAAAUGGUAAAGUAGAUCUAUCAACUCAUGAAGCUUUAUUAACACUUCAUCGCUGGGAAGAAAAAUUAUCAAAUCUUCGUGAAGAAACCAGUGUUCAUACAAUUGGCAAAGAACUAUCAACAGCUCAAAAUGUGAAGGUCAUCAAAUUGAUAGCUUAUAAGAAUGGCGAUGGUCGACUUCAUAGUGGUCAUUUAGUGAUUGGAUCUACUUUGGAAGGUCUGUUGUCACAAUGUACACAAAGUCUUGGACUGACAAAUGUUGCUCGUGCUAUGUAUACAGAGGAUGGUACUCAGAUUCUUGUGAUUGAAGAUCUUAUUGAUGUGGCUGUGCAAAACUACAAGCAGGUACUAAUACUGCAAGUUGAGAAUUACAUCAAAGAAAAGUACAUGAAAAAUACAGAAAAGUCAACUCAGUCACCUAACAAAGCUAAUGAAACAGUGGAGUUGAGUACAGCUGAACUGAAUCAAUCCUCAUUAAGUGAUGCUGAGAGGGAUGAUGUGAAAGAAACAUCUUUUGCUGAAGACCAAAUUGAUACUGAUGAGAUGGCAAAGACAAGAGACAGCCUAAUGAAAACUGUUGAUUUACCUCCCUUGAGUUGUAUUCUACGUUAUCCAAUUGAAGUCUGGGUAUCAAGUAAUCGAAGGUUCAUUCCUCCUGAAGUUGUUGAAUCGAAGGAGGAAAACCGACGUAAGAAGAGGAAGAUCCAAGCAAACAUUGCAAUGGAACUUGACACACACAAGCAUAUAUUACGGCAACUGAAAGGUAGACGUUUAGAGGAACUUUAUCCAGGUAAAUAUGAAGCAACACAAGAUGGAACUAACCCUGUGGUAAUUACAGGGCAUUGGACUGAUACGACAGAUCAAGAAAAACAUCAUCAAGAUAAAGUUCACCAAUUAAAAAAUCACUUGGAUGAAGUGAACACCAAAGAAAACCGAUCUCACGAGUUGAAAACUUGCAAUGUGGAAACGACUAAACGUCUUUAUAAACAAUCGAAUACGAAACGUGUCUUGGUGCAUCCAAAUGGUGAGAAUUCCAAAGAACAAGGAACUUAUGUGUAUGGAUGCAGUUUAGAAGAAAUCCUAAAAGAAGCUGAAAGAAAACUGAAUUUAUGGAAAAGUGCUAAAUAUCUAUUCUUUGAAAAUGGCCAGCAGGUGGAAUCAUUUAGUGAUAUCCAGCGUGAUGACGUGUUGUAUGUAUCUACUGGACCACUUUUCAAAGGUGUCAAAUCAGAGCAGAAUGACAUAAAUUUAAAAGCACAAUGGGCCCGAGCCAGACGACUUCAUGGACCCCAGAUAACAGACAUAACAGUGACAAUGGAGAAAGAUCCUGUAGCAAGUCAAUCAGACAAGUUUGCUAAAGAUAAUACUAUCUGGGGGUUCCUCAAAUCCUUGGAUCCACACCAUCAACAACAACAACAAUAUCAUCCAAAGGACCAACCAUUGAAGACACAGAAUCACAGUUUGAAUUGAUGUUAGAAAGUCUAGACUGAAAACAGACAUAUUAGACAAAUUCUAAUUACAGCAAUGAAUAUUCAAGCUAAAAGGUUUCAGGGCCUUAAAAGCUUAUGGGAAGCCCAACUUCAAUAAAGGACGUGAAGGGAUGAUUUUUGAGCCAUGUUGGGGUGGGGGUGGGGGGCAUCUUACGUACCAUCAAAUAUGGUGGUAAUGCUUAAGCUAAAUUUUUUAUUGAGAAAAAUGACCUGAACAGAUGAGUGUAUUUAUGUGGUAUGUGUGUGUGUGUGUGUGUGUGUGUGUAUGUAUGGCUGUAUAAGUGAUUCUAUUUUUAGAUGUGCAUAUCUUUAUUUUUUCAUCCAUUACUUGUUUUAGUCAGUAGAUUGCGACUAUGCUGGGGCACUCAAAAAGUUUUAGUCAAAUGAAUUUUAAGCCUGGUACUUUGUUUUACUAAUAUUUUGGGAUAGUAUUUAGUUUGGAACUUUGAAUUUUUUCGUCACUCCAACUUGAAUGAUUGAACAAUUUAUAGUUAAAGAUUUAUAAUUUC